UUAAGAUGAAAAUAAUUAAUUUUUACAAAAUGUCUAUUACUAUUCUUUUCUGGAUUGUAGCACUCGCUUGCGUGAAAGCAGAGGGCCAAGCUAGAAAUAUAUGGGAUAACUUAUUAUCACAGAUGAGCUCUCCCCAUGUGUUCUUUCCAAGUGCAUUUGAUAUGACUGUGUCUACCGAUUCAGUGAUAAACACAACUUUUUACAUGGCUGUUGAUAAUCCAAUGAACCAGAUACAUCUUCAAGGAAAUAUGUCAACGCUUGACUUCUCGCCAAAGACAUUUAUUGAUUUUUAUGGAGAUUUUAAAGGGAGGAAUAUCUCAAUGAUUGCUGAUAACCAGUGCAAGUCUUUUAUUGUGCCAGGAAAUAUCACCCUCCCAAUGGUCGGAGGAAUUUUUAAUCUUAUUCCAUUGAUUACAUUCUAUCCUCUGAGACAGCCUGAGGUAGGCUUCCAUCACUACUUGUUCAGUAACCCCUUCGGACAUGAUGAAGAAGCAGUAGAUGCAACUUUGAUAUUCCAGGAAGUGCAGAAGGAUGACGGAGAGCUUGAUUUCCCAUUUAAGAGGCUGGUACUGAAAAAGCUUAGGAAAGAUCUCCCAGAAAUUCUUGAGUUUAAAGCUAUUGGACCUGUUACCAAGAGAAACUUCACUGAGGAAGCCUUUACUCCUAUUAUUGACUGAGAAGAGCCAUCUCCAGAGACCCAAAAAUACUUUGAACAGCUCUAUGAUCAGUUUAUUGAGUUUAUUGGUAGGUUUACAUAA